AUGAGGUCUUUUCUACUACUAGCAACACUUCUAACUGUAACUCUAGCCAUGAGGGAUCAGUCCGUGGCGAUCAAAGGAAAACUGCGAUGCGGAGAUAAACCAGCAGCCAACGUCCGCGUCAAGCUCUGGGAGGAGGACAGCGGUAAUUUUAUAGUUGUAGAAACACAUAGCUCAGCUGGUUAGACUCAUUAUUGACGUCAGAACGGUCGCAGGUUCUAUUCCCACCGAAUUCAGGAAAAAAAUGAUAAUUUUUAAUCAAAUGAUAUGAAUAUAAGGCGUGCUUUAGCUGGCCAGACUCAUUUUUGACUUCCGAAAAGCUCCAGGUUUGAUUCCCACCAAAGUCAUCAAUUCCUAGGAGGAGGAGGAUAACGAUAGUUUAUUGUAUCUGAAAAUUAGAUAAAGCGUAGCUCAGCUGGUGAUACUUAUUCCAUCGUUCGUAAGGUCACAAGUUCAAUUCCUACCAUGGUUGAAUUACGAGAAGAGGACAGCGAUAAGUUUCUGAUCAAAAAAUAAAUAAAUAAGGCCUCUUAAAUUUCUUUCUUGGCCUUGCUAAUCUCCGCAAGGUCGUAGGCUUGACUUCUGUCUGAUAACUUGAAAAAAAAGCUUGUCCUUAUCCUAAAAAGAAACCUUCCAGGACCCGACCCGGACGACCUGCUCGACGAAGGCUACACGGACAGCAACGGAGGCUUCAGUUUGUCUGGAGGAACCGCCGAACUCACCAACAUCGACCCCGUCUUCAAGGUCUACCACAACUGCGACAAGGGCAUUACGGUGAGUUGGAAAUAAUGAAAAGUAGCACAAUUUUGAUCUGAACUCCUCUAAAAUUCUCAGGAAAAGUGUUGUAAAACCUUUUUUUGCAUUUUUGAACGCGAAAGAAAUGAUUGGAAGGCCAAAAUAAUCUGGAAAAUCUUAAGCCAAACUCGAAAAAUCUGGGUUUCUCUUUUGAGUAAAUCUUUCAAGAGCCCAAGUGACCAAAAUUCAGAGAAAAGCUAAAACAAGUUCUAUAAAAGUAACAAAAAUUGGUCAUUUCCAGCCCGGCUCCCGAAAAAUCAAGUUCAAGAUCCCAACCUCAUACGUCACUAACGGCAAGGUAUUUGUGUCUUUUUUCUUCAAAGCCUGUGAAAAAUUUCAGUGGCCACUAUAGGGUUUCGACGUUUUAGUGGCCCCUAUAGUAGUCAAAUUAGUGACCACUUAAGGGGUUAAAAAUUAGUGGUAACUGUAGUAGUCAAAUUAGUAGCCUCUCAAGGGGUUUAAAGUUAGUGGCCACUAUAGAGGUCUAAGCGCUACUACUAGACCACUAUAAAUUUUAGUGGCGACUUUAGGGGUCAAUGAAUCAUCAUAACUGGUCCAAUCUGUUUGUUUCAAACUUAUCAGAGUUAUUGGAAGGAAUACUGGAUAAAAAACUACUGAAGUGAGCACUAAAUAGAGAACCUCUAUAGUGGCCACUAAACGGAGAAUAGUAGCCACUUUAGUGUCUUCUCCAAGUAGUCAUUGGCGAGCCUCUACAGUGGCCGCUAAAAAUUUUCCCAGGCCAUCUCAAAACUAAUUUUAAGACCGCGGCGAAGACCUUCGAUAUUGGAAUCCUGAAUUUGGAGACAAUUUUCGCCCACGAAGAGCGCGAACUUAUUGUUUCUUGA